CUUCUCGCCUCAAGCCCCUCCGUCAACAUACAGUACAAUUUGAGUUUCUUCUUCCUAACAAGCAUCGGCUCGGCUUCGCAGGAUGUACUCGACGCACGCACGAAGAGAAUUCCUGUAUGCGACAACGAUACUCGACUAAUCUUUGGCGAGGGUCUGAAGUUGUGAUCUAAAGUGAGCACAGGCUAUGAUGGCAGCUCAAAGUGAAGUUAAGAAAGAAGAGGAUGACUUGUCAGCUGACAUCAAGGACUGGACUAAACAUCAUGUCAGACAAUGGGCUCUCACAAAAGUACGUGUGGAUGCCAAAUUUGCCAAUAUCCUUUUCGAACAGGACAUUGGUGGCGCUAGUCUUUUACUCUUGGAUAAAGCUGAUCUUCAAGGUCUUGGUAUAACAUUUGGACCUGUAAAACUGCUAAUUUCUGCCAGAGAUGAGCUGUUGAAACUGAGACAAGAACUAGUGACAAGUACCAGAAGUGAGUCCAGGAAAACUUGCAAGCCCUAUCCAUUCUAUAGAUAUCAUGACACAUGUAGAUACAUAGAGGAGUACAUUCUUGAUGUUACAGAGUCAGGUGCCUCAGACUAUAUAGAACCCUGCCAUGAAUAUAAAGCUUUCAUCCACACAUCAGCUGAAAAUGAGAUGAAUAAGUUCACACAAGAAGUUAUUCGCUUUGCUGCUGCCUGCAUGAAUAGCCGUACCAAUGGCACUAUACAUUUCGGAGUAGGUGACCAGCCAGAUUUCACUCAUGGUCAAGUGUUGGGAGUGAUCGCAAGGGAUAAAGAGGCCUUUCAAAAUGCCCUUAAACAUGCCAUUGAUGGUCAUUUUGAAUACAAACACAUUCCGGCGGCAAAAAUUUGCAUCAAGCCCGUACGAUUUGUUGGGGUUCUUAAUCAGGAUAGGACAUCAUCAGAGAAGUGUGUGAUAGAAGUGGAUGUAGUGCCUGACUCUGUGAUCUGUAAAGAGAACAUUUACCACGUUCUCCCCGUGGACAACAGGAAAGCAAAGAAGUCCAAGGGCAAGGAAGCCGAAGGAACUGAAUUGAAGCCGUCAAAGCAGUUCUUCAUUCGCGAUGGUAGUAGUUGCAGGAACCUUCUUGCACCAACUACUUUUGCAAAACCUAAGGAGGAGUACAACAGAUUUUCUAACAGUUUGCCAGAGGUAUUACAACUCCGAAAACAAGCAGAGGAAAAGCACCUCAGAGAGGUCAAAAGGAGCCAUCAAGGCUCUAGACUUAGUCAGAUGAUCACUGGUGGGUCCCAUUCAUUAGAUAAGUCACACUUUGAGCGGUAUUUAAUAGUAACUAACAAAUCACAUCCAAUCCAGUUAGAGUCACUUGCAUUUCUUCAAGAGCUAAAUCCAACAGCUGUUUUGGACUUGGACCCGGAAUCUAAAGAAAAUGGAUUGCAAAAACACUUUGAAGAGCAGUGCACUGUCCAUUCACCAGCACAGUAUAAAAUAACAGACACUGUGGAAGUCAUUGCAGGCAAGUUAGAAUUAACUAGGAAUACCAGCUGGGUGUUCUGCAACGGAGGUGCCAAUGAUGAGAAACCCUCAGAAAUGGAGACCUGGUUGAUAGACAAGGGAGCCUCAGUUCGAGAUGUGAUUUCAUUCUUGUGUCGGAAAGAUAUUCUUCCACAGAAGAGAUUUCUUGUCGUUUUCUUACUUCUGUCAACUGUGAGUGAGAAAAUGGACCCUCUCUUAGAGACUUUUGCCAUGUUUUGGCAGGAGCUGAAGGGCACUGAACAAAUUCUUUGUAUCUGUGAAAACGACAAAGCUUUUACCUGCUGGAAGGACCUGAUUAAGGCUCGUUAUGAAAUCGACAUUUCUGGAAGAUGCAUUUAUGAACUCAGUUUUUCAGAGGUCAAUGGCACCAUCCUUAGUCUUCUGUCAGAAAACCGAAGAGCUAGUCGUUUCCUCCCCUGCAACGGAGAAAGCAGAGUGCUGCUUGAAAGGAGAGUGGAGAUGAGCUUGAAUACCUUAAAUGUCCUUUGUGUGAACCAGUGUGAGGGAGGGAGUGAGGACAAAGCUGUCAUAGAGGAGAACUUCUACAAAGGAGGAAAAGUGUCAUGGUGGAACUUCUACUUCUCUGACCAGCCAGGAUCCUCACCAUUUAUUAAACGAGACAAGUUUGACUUCAUCAUCAACAUUGUGAUACCAGAUUUGUGCUCCUUGACGACAGCAUGUGUUUCUUUUAACCUGAUGCAUGUGCCUGGAUGUGGUGGAACAACUUUAGCCAUGCACAUUCUAUGGACUUCAAAGGAAAAAUUUCGUUGUGCUGUUUUAGAAGACAGCAACGCUGACUUGGCUAAAGUUGCUGACCAUGUUGUCAAAUUGCUGAUGCAUGACCAUAACGAGCAGUUACCUCAGAUUCCUGUUCUGCUUAUGAUAGAUGAUUUUGAGGAUAUUGAAAAAGUGUAUGAGUUGCAGCAGCUCAUUGAAAAGCAGUGUGUGAAGAAGGACAUUCAGUCCAGGUCUCCACAGGUAAUUCUACUGAAUUGCAUGAGGUCAGAAUCAACUUCUGAACCAGAUGAAAAACUAGGGGGCUCUGUGUUCCUUGGCAACAAACUCUCUGAAAAGGAGCAGAAACAGUUUGAGCAAAAACUAGUGGAAAUAGAGAAGGUGUAUAAGAAGAAUGCUGAGACAUUUUAUGGUUUUAUGAUAAUGAAGAGCAACUUUUUGCCAGAGUAUGUUAAGGGUGUGGCUCACAACACCCUGAAGAGCUUCAGUUUUGAUCAAAAACAUGCACAGCUCAUUGCUGUCUUAGCUCUGCUGAAUGUCUACUGCAAGGGUGCCUCACUCUCUGUUUCUCUAUGUGAAGAAUAUCUGGAUAUCCUUCCAAAGCCAUAUUGCGGAUCUGUCAGAGUAGAAGAUGAAUUUGGGAAGUUUUCCACUCUUAUUACCAGCAUCUUAGUUCAGGGUAUGGUACUAUUCAAAGCUGUGAAAAUGAUCCAUUCAAGCAUUGCUUACCAUUGUUUGCAGGAGCUAACAACAACACACCAUGUGAAAAAGGCUGACAUAAUUAACCUGCUCUUAACCACAGACAAGUUUUUUGAGUCCACUCAAGGCAAACACACACUCAUGCAGGAUGUUCGUAACAUAUUGGUGAAGAGACAUUACUCAGUUAGUGAGGAAUCUCUGUUCUCUCCACUGAUUCAGGAUAUUGCAAAUGAAACUGAAGGAUUGGAGGAGUUUGUGCUGCAGAAUGCAUCUAAAAGAUAUGAAACAGACUCCAUCAUCUCUCAGUUAUUAGCCAGGUACUAUUACCUUAAGAAGAAGCAUUUCCAAGAGGCAAAAACUUGGGCAUUGAAAGCAAAAGAGCUCUCUAGAGAGAGCUCAUACAUUACAGAUACAUCAGCUCAAGUUAUCAAGCAUGAGCUAAGGAGUGCAAUUGCAAAUAAAGAGAACCCUAUUGAACCUGAGAAAUUACAAAGAUUUCUCAAAUUGGCCCAAUCAGCAAUCGAAGUCUUCCAGGAAGUGCACAGCCUUGCAAAGAAGGAGUCAGUGCAGCGCUUUCAGACCAGAAUGGACAAAUGCCCUCUCAAUACGGCAGGAUGCCUGGGGGAAAUUCAAGUAGCAGGACUUGUCAUACAAAUAUUGGAAAGAACACCCAUAUUUUCCGCUGACAAUCUUCAUCAUGACAUAAUGAGCGCUGUUCUCUCUGACAGAAUGAAUUUACGGGAUUUAGAGAAAAGUGACCCCAAACGUAGUAAACACAAAAUGUACUACUCCAUCCUAGGACAGUUUGAUGAUCUGCUUUACAAAAUCAGAAUGAGGAUGAAAAUGAACUUUGACUUUCUCGAAAAUUUCUACGUCAACCUGAGCUCCAGGUUUGGAAUCAGAGACAUUCGUGAGCAAGUGGCCCAGAAGGAACUCUUCAGAUGUUUUAAACAAUAUGCUGACCUCUUCUGUCAGUCCAAAGCUCAGUUGAGGAACAAAGGCAUGAUGAACACCAUGCUGCAAGUUAUUCUUGCAAGGCAAUACCUUGAGAUGCGAAAAGCUGAUACUCACUCUGGGAUUCUAAAUUAUCUCUUACUUGCCAUCCCCAGUGACGUGAUGGAGAAGAUUUCCAAACAGUAUGAAUGUGUUCUUCAAAAUGCUGUUGAUUUGACUUUGAAGGAGAAGAUCAACGUCAUCUAUGUCAAUGUUGUGCUGUGUUGCAAAAAACCUGGAUCGAGGCUCUUUAUGCCUUACAGGAAAACCCUUGAAUUCCUGUGCCGACUUCUUCAAGAAAAAAUUCCAUUAGAUGAUAACUUGGCAUUGUAUUUUAUCGCAGUUGGACUUUUGUGGCCUCAGAAACACUCAGAAAUAACACAACAGCCUGCAGAGUGUAAACGUUUGGGACAUUUUGUAUCGCUAUUGAGAACUGCAUAUAAUGCAGUGAUGAAGGAAGUUUGUAAUGGCAAGAGGCCUUUUGUCCAUUUCUUGCUGGGGAAGAAGCAGGGUUAUGAGCGACUAAUACCCCUUGGAGAAAUUGAGAAGAUCUAUAGUGCUGGGCAGGAGCAAAUUUCCUCACUUUGGGAAAAUGGCAAAAUAUGGAAAGAUAAGAUUGUACAAGAACUCCUUUGCAGAGUAACAGGAGAGGUGAGGAACAACGUUUUGGUGCCAUACACCAUUUUCCCAGAUCUGAAGAUCGAAGUCAUUCCAUUGUUUCGCAGCCAGAUCAGUGGACGAGCAAGUGGCUCGAAAGUGUCAUUCUUCGUUGGUUUCUCAAUGAAAGGCCCAGUUGCCAUUGACAUUGACUAAAUCAUUGGAGAAGGCUGUUGCAAGAUGUUGAGGCCCAUGAUAGUGGGGGGAAAAUGAUUUAGGCCACCAUGUGUCAUUAUGCAUGCUCAGUAAUCCAGAAGAAGAUCACAAAAAGUUGAAUCAGUUCAUCUGGACACUUUUAUUGAGAGAGAAAUGUUUCCUCACUCAUCUAAGUGAUUUAGGCCACCAUUUUACCCAUAUGUAUUUCACUCUAUGAAUAUCUAUAUUACUAAAAAAGUCGUUUUCUUGUCAAGUCACAUUUUUAUCUUCAUUUUAAUUCAUAUCCUUUGAAUCAAGGCAGUGAGAGGCAUAAUCAUGGAUUUUGUUGGGUUGCUUUGAUUUUUUUUUUUAACUUUAAACCUCUUGUACCAAAUCAAGGCUAUGUAAAUAGAAAACAUUUUUAAAGGAUCCACUAAGAUUUGUCUGUGUCUAGAUCGAGGUCAAGGUUUAACCUCUUAUUGCUUCUAUAAGAAAUGAUGUGAUGAUGGAAAUGUUACUAAUGCCUUCUGUCUGUGUGUUUUCAAAUACAGUGUGUCUAGUCAAGUCAUGCUGACCAACACACACUGACACUGAUUCCUAUUCAUUAUGUUGUUGGUUUUAAUUAUGUUCAAGUAUUUUUUUGUUACAGAUUUACCUUUUGAGAGAUGAUAGUGUACUGUAACAUAAAACAUAGAAAAGUAUGCCUGUUAUUGACGAUUCAUCCAUUGUCAGCACGCUUGCAAAUAUUGUUCUUAGUAGUACUUUAGCAAUUUAGGGUUAUGUGUAUUUGCAUUUUUUUCCCCGUGUUUUUCACUCCAGGAGUUUAAAUAUCAGCACCAGCAAGUUGCUAUCUUAUUAGGGAACACAUUUUAGUCUUAAACCAUGAUCUUUGAAUCAGGCAAGGCAAAACAAAAGGUAUGAGGGUGAUUUAAUUUUUUUUUUAUACACACUUUAAACCUCUUAAUUUACAUGUUAGUUUAGACAGAAAGUGUUAAAGAUUCAAGAAACCCUCCUCUUUUUAUUCGUAAAUGACAUGUCAUGUAACAAAAGGGGAUGUUGAUGAUGCCUUUCAAUGAUGUACUGUAUCGUAACUUCAUCGUGACCAGCACAAACUUUGACUAAAAUAAAAUUAUGUGCA